CCCAGGCUAUUGCUGAAGAAAGACGACGGAAUCAAAAUGGUAUUAUUGCAGAUGUAAUGAAAACCUCCAGUAUGUCAUUUAAACCUGUAAUUGACGGCUCUGUUUUAAGAAAUGAUCUAAAGCAACAGCUCGCAAAAGAACGCAGAGAAGAAAAACAGCGACUACAAGAUGCCAAUAAGGAAUUACAGUUCCUAGAAAAAGAAAGAAAAUCGAAGUUGGUCUACGAGAAGCAGCUGGAAGAAAAACAUCGAAAGCUGAGGCAACAAAAUGAAAAAGAAGAGCAGCGAAGAGCGUCUGCAGAAUGUAAGAGAAAGCAGAAGUUAGAGGAAGACAAGGAGAAAUAUAAAGCUGCAUUGAACCGAACAUCAGAGCACAGCAGCCGUGUUGACUUGCAUCCAAAGAGGUGGUCCUGGGAAAGUUCUUUGGCCUUUAAUUUGGAGAGCGGAUCUGCUAACCGCCGUUCUAGUUCCACUGAGACACUUGAACAAAAAAGUGUCGCUGUCAACAGACCCACGUCUACCACAGCUACCGGUCUUCACCCUCCUGCUCUUAAUAGACUAACAGAUAAGAAGAGAAGCGUGUCUUUGGUCAGCAAAGAUAUUAAGAUGUAUUCAUCUACCGAAUUGGACCAGCUACGAAAGGAGGAGAAACUAUGUGUUCAUCGCCUAUGCCCUCCACAUGCGAUCGUCAGUCGUCUCCUGGAGCCAACCCUAGCGUCACUUGCCAGAAGUCAAAGCGUGACUUCCUUACCCAGCCCAGCAAAGGCUACAUCAGGCGUCAGUACCAGUGUCGUCCACCAUCUUAAGACGGCCAUCCGGAGCCCUAGAAAUGAUGAACCAAAGACACCUAAUUUGCCUCCAAACUCCACUAUAAACAUGAUGCAUUUGGCAAAACCAAAAUUCUUGCCCGAAGGGAAAAUAGAAAUGCCCCUGGUCACCGGUAUGGAAGCAUUUCCUGCGGCUGCCACAAAAGUGUCCCCCAAGAUGGACAUGAAAGCCUCCUCAGAGACCAAGGUAAAAGCUCCCCCUGAAGCCUCUCCUAAAACUAGCAUAGACAUCAAUGUGGAAGCCCCUCCAGAGGCCGGGGUGGAAGUGUGCCCAGGGACCAGCAUGGACGUACACGUCGAGGCUAGCGUGGAUGUCUGCCCCAAGACCACGGCUGACAUCCAUCCCACGGCCGCAGUGGAAGUGCAUGUGGAAGCGAGUGGAAGCGAGAUGUGUGGGGUAACAGCCCUUGAUGGUGUAAAGGGAACCUCUUCUCAGUCUGCUCAGAAAUCUGCCUCAAGUCUUGGGAGCAAGAAGCGCCUGCCAUCCAACACAUUAUGUUACCAGCGGUCUACAACCGGGUGUCGCGCACCUUCUCCUACUAACAGACUAGCCCCAAAGAAUCGCCCUCCAUCGCCUUCAUCGAAGACAUCCUCUCAUUCGAGCAAAGGAACCCCUGUUCAACAGACCGGGUGUGCGACAAAGUCCACGACGAGAAGCACCCCCGGGACUAUGAACGCAGAGGAGGCAACACAAAUGUUGACACAAAAGCGACGGCUUGUUCGAGAGCAGAAGGAAAAAGAAGGGGAGGAGCAAGCAAAAGGCGACACACAGGAAAGUGCCAUGCAGCAAAGACAUUUGCUGGCCAAGAGUACAAUCGAAGGCCAGGGCGGUGACCUUGUGAUCAUGGACCAUCAGAAAGAGAUGGAAAUGCAGAGUGCGUGUCGGGCGCAGGAAGAGCGACCGGCAGUCAUACAGGAAGGGGAUGCCAAAAUUAAAGCCCAGGAGGAAGCUGAUGAACAGAAGAAGGAACGUGAGAGACGUAUGUUGCAAAAUUUGCAGGAAAGAUUGGAAAGGAAGAAGAGAAUAGAGGAAAUAAUGAAAAGAACGAGAAAGAGCGAUGUCAACCCUUCCAAAGCCUCUGAAGCGGUCCACAGUGAGCCAGCCGAAGACGAGGAGGCAGAUGACGAGGAGGAGACAUCAGAAGAGGAGGAGACGUCAGAAGAUGAGUCAGAUGCAACCACCUUGUCAGAGAGUUCCAGUGAAGGCAAACCACCUCAGGAACAACAAACAGUGAAGAACAUCAAGAAAAAGUCUUUUAAACUCACAUUUUUAAACGCACAUGGGGAGCAUACAACUAAAGAAACCAAAGCACUGAAUGGUGAUAGGAAAGUGGCUAAAAAAUCUACCAACGAUGCAUUGCUUCAGGCUACAGCUCCCACAUGGACCAAGAAUAAAGCGGUUGGCCACAGUACUAAAACAAAAAACACACUUCACACCAUGAAAUCUUCCAAGAGCCUGGGUUACAAACCUUCAGGGUGGCUAGGGGACCACAUUUUCAGUCUAGCUGACCAGCUAGAACCAGCACACCUUUUAAACUUCGAUGCCAGUCUAAACAAUCAAAGCGAGACUAGAAAUUCGCCCCAAAGUCCUCUGUUUUCUCUGGGGGACAGCAACACAGAAGACAUGUCACUCAACUCCCCCUGCUCAGAAUCAUAAAGCAGCCCGGAGAGCUUUCGUCAUCUCAGCAGGCGCCGUCGCCUCUUACUUUACAACUUCUGAUUGAAACCUCGCAAAGAGAGUCAGCGGCAAAGAGAGGGACUACAUCACAAAAGCAUCUGGCUGCGUCUCACGUGGUCUUGACUGUAUCCUCGACGUCUCUUGCCCUAUAGGCCGAGAGGCUCUGAGUAAAACGUCAGCUGUUUUUCUUCAGCAUCUCCAUUGCCUCUCCUUCUUGUGUGGGACUGCCAGUCAGGACACACGCGGUGCACACUCAGGAUGUUCGCAAAUGACCACUCCCAAGUUAAAAAAAAAAUCCCAACAAAGGAAUCAUUUGCAUCCAGUCCUUACAUUUCCUCCACUUAAGUCCAUGUAACAGUGAAACACUCCUACCUGACCUGGUAAAGAACGUGAUGCCAUUGGUGAGAGGCUCCAGAUUGCUCACGAGACAUGGCUAAUUAAAAAUACUGCAGGUUGCAAACUAUAGUAACUUAUAUUUUACCAUCAUGCAUGUGUUGUGUUCCAAUGUAUGUAUGUGUUCACACACGCACAUACACAAGAGUUCAAAAAAGUCAUGAAAGAAUGGGGAUAAGUGAUCGUGGAAUUUUCCCGUGAACUUUUUGAAGCCCCCUGCUGUGUGUGUGUGUGUGUGUGUGUGUGUACUUUUAAGUCUUUCUUUUGGUCUCUGACUUCAACGUGGGUGAACCCGCACUAUUGGCCCUAUGCACUUUCCACAUUUUUGUUAGCAUCUCCUUUUGAAGUACACGUUCAGGUUCAGCUACAAAACCUUGUAUUGUUUUUAUGGUGUACAUAGAGCAUGUUGUGUCAUGGACUCUCUUUGAUUUUUCUGUUUACAAUCCUUGUUCUGCUUUUUCUCCCCAGGCUUAUGCUCAGGAUUAAGAUAGGUAACCUUCCAAAAUAAUUAAUAAAAAGAUUUAAAAGAUA